AUGGAAGAAACAUCUGUGUUAUUAGCGCUAGUUUUUGUUAUGCUGGUUGGCUCAUUUAUUGCUGGAUCUAUUCCUUUAUUUUUCACAUUUUCUGAGGAUAAAUUGAAAAAAAUAACUGUAUUUGGAGCUGGACUUCUGGUUGGCACAGCUUUGGCAGUUAUUAUACCAGAAGGAGUUAGAUCCUUAAUUCCAGAAGGUUCUCAUCAUCAUACAUCAGAAAAACCUGAUUUUGAUGAACAUGGACACAAAGAUCCUCUAUCUGUGAUAGGUAUUAGUUUAGUUUUGGGCUUCAUAUUUAUGCUGCUAGUUGAUCAGAUAUCCCAAAGCAGAAAUGAACAUGUUAGUCCUGCAGAUAGAAAUGUAACAGCAACUAUUGGUUUGGUGGUGCAUGCUGCUGCUGAUGGAGUUGCUUUGGGUGCAGCUGCCACCACUAGUCAUGCAGAUGUUGAAAUAAUUGUAUUUUUGGCCAUAAUGUUACAUAAGGCUCCAGCUGCAUUUGGAUUAGUUACUUUUCUUCUCCACGAAGGGAUAGAAAGGCAAAGAAUAAGAAAACAUUUGAUGAUAUUCUCAUUGGCAGCACCUGUAUUGACAUGUAUGACUUAUUUUGGCAUUGGGCAAAAGCAGAAAGAGACUUUAAGUUCUCUAAAUGCCACAGGUAUAGCUAUGUUGUUUUCUGCUGGGACCUUCUUAUAUGUAGCCACUGUCCACGUUUUAGCGGAUAUAACUCAGGGACAUGGAACCUCUCAUAGUUAUGAUAGACUACCUCAAGUGGAUUCUGUUAAACCUCCUCCUUCAAGCAGUCCCAGACUUAAAACUGUAGAAUUGUUGUUCCUAAUUGUUGGUUGCUUGUUUCCCUUAUUGUUAUCACUGGGACACCAUCAUUAA